CUACAAGACCCCGAAAUUGAAGCCGUUAACUUUGCUAAUGGGCGAAGAAUUUCUAAGUUUGUGGUUGAUUGUGAAGAGGAGGUGAUACAGUUCUUGGAUAAGUUCUAUGACGUAGAGGAUUUGAGUUCUUUAGCAAGGAUUCUAAAUGAAAAUCCGAUUGAUAUGUCCGUCGCAUCAAAUGACCUCAUUUUUGUGCGGGCCCUUUUCGAUCAUUUUUUCUUCUUAUAUAAGAAUGACAUUCUGUUACGAUCUAUGUCUGAAACUGAGUUAAAUAUGUACGUCUGGACUCCAUUAAUUAGGAAUGCAUUUCUCGGAAAGGAUGAUAUAAAAUUAAGUUGCAGCGAAUUAGCUACAAACUCAUAUGAAAAGUUAAAGGAAAUCUUGAACAUCGGCGGUCGCAGUGCUCCGAGAUUGGACGGUAAGGGACUCCUCAAAUCUUUGGGCACCGAAAUCCUUGUUCAAGAAGAUGGAGUUUUAGGUACCCGCGGUAAAAGAAAAGAUGACCUUAAAGAACUGGAGUAUUGCUCAAAAGUGAUACUCACGACUCUGUUCUUCGCAUUGCCAUCGGAAGCCAAAGCUAAUAUCAUAAGAAUCGAGACAUAUAGCAUUCAGUCCAAUGGACUUCGCCUCACAAUUUCCGUGUCAAAGUAUUUAUUCGAAAAUACCAUUAUUACAAUGGAUCUGCAAGAUAUUGAAAUCCCAAGAACUGUGGAUGGAUUCUCGAAAUUGAUAACGGCCACGAAAGUAAUCCUUUCUUGGAAAGCUCGAACAAGAAAGAAUACACAAGAAUUUUACAAAGCGUUGAAAAAUGGUCACAGACGUCUAGGGAAUGGGAUCCAUUUUUCGCCCAAAAAGAUGGCUAUAUAA